UCAAGUGAGCCACCUCGGUUUUCCAGCUUUCGAAAUCAAGUUUAUUUUCUAGUUCUCUCUGUUCAGGAAUUUUCUUUCUCUCUUCCUGAAGACCAGAGUUUGCCCUUCUGCCGGAAGGCAAUGGUUUCACAGGUUCUCUUUCUUUUAUCUCAAGAUUUUUUUUAAAGCUCUGCAGAAUUUGGUAGCAAAUUCUGAACGUAGAGAGGAGAGAACCAGGAAGUGAGUCUUCAAGGGACAGGCAGACAAGCCUAGGGGAGGCAUCGAAAGUAAAAGUAAACUUCUUCCUGGAGGCGUUUCCAACCCCACCUCCUGUCUCCCCCUCCCGCUUGCCUCAUUUCCAGGGCUUUUUCUCCAGCGGGGUUAUAAGAACCGGCCUCAGUAACCCAACGUGUGAAGCUAGGCAGUGCGGGGUCUUGUCGUUGGGAGUUUGGUGGCUGGGAUGCUGCCAGGACCGUGCGGAGUAGGUCCCAGUCCAUGGUGAAGGCCCUGGGAUUUUAUUUUCCUUUGAUGUACUGGGAGAAGAGGCCCGUGAAGUGGCUGCUGCUGUGAAGGUUCCAGGAUCCGCCUCUGGUAACAACUACAUUCUCCUAACACUUGAAAAGCAUGGAUCUCACUCGAUGUCUCUAUAAAAUUGGGGAAGAGCUGGGCAGUGACGACCUGGCUGCCCUCAAGUUCCUAAGCCGGGACCACAUCCCAUAUAGGAAGCAGGAACCCAUCAACGAUGCCUGGAUGCUAUUCCAGAGGCUCCAAGAAAGGAGAAUCUUGGAGGAAAGCAAUCUGUCCUUCUUGAAGGAGCUGCUUUUCCGAGUGAAUAGACUGGAUCUGCUGCGUUACUACUUGGACACCAGCGAGGAGGAGAUGAAGAGGGAGCUUCACAUACCCGGCAGGGCCCAGAUCUCUGCCUACAGGAUCCUGCUUUUCCAGAUUUCAGAAGAUGUGAACAAAGUGGAAUUGAAGGAGUUUAAGUUUUUUUUGAGCCAGGAGAUUGCCAAAUGUAAGCUGGAUGAUGACAUGACUUUGCUUGAUAUUUUCGUGGAGAUGGAGAAGAGGACCAUCCUAGGGGAAGAAAACUUGGACACCCUGAAAAGAAUCUGUGAGCAGGUCAACAAGAGCCUGCUGAAGAAAAUCAUUGAUUAUGAAGAAUUAAGAAAAGAGAGAAGAAUGAGCCUUGAAAGAGAUCCAGAUGAAUUUUCAAAUGAUACAUCACAACCGCUUCCAGAGGAGGGCUCCUCUGAGAUGCUGGCCGUGUCAGACUCUCCAGGAGAACAGGACAGUGAGGUGCAGACAUCCGACACAGUUUACCGAAUGACAAGCAAACCUCGGGGAUACUGUUUGAUCAUUAACAAUUACGAUUUUAGCAUAGCACGGAGGAAGGUGCCCGAACUUCAGAAACUAAAGGAUAGGAGUGGAACACACUUCGAUGCAGAGGCUUUGGACAAGACCUUUAGGGAACUUCAUUUUGAGAUAGUGCACUACAGAGACCAAACAGCAGAGGAAAUCCAUAAGGCUCUGGAAUUCUACCAGAAGAAGGACCACAGAAACAGAGACUGCUUCAUCUGCUGCAUCCUCUCCCAUGGAAACCGGGGCAUCAUCUAUGGCACCGAUGGGCAAGAAGCCCCCAUCUAUGAGCUGACCUCUUACUUCACUGGCUUAAAAUGCCCUUCCCUUGUUGGCAAACCCAAAAUCUUUUUUAUUCAGGCUUGUCAAGGGGAUGACUACCAGAGAGGUAUAGCUGUUGAGACCGACUCAGAACAGAUGGAAGUCUGUUUAGAAAUGGAUUCAGCACCUCGGAGGAGAUAUAUCCCAGAUGAGGCUGACUUUCUGCUGGGGAUGGCCACUGUGAACAACUGUGUCUCCUACCGAAGCAUCAGGGAGGGGACCUGGUAUAUCCAAUCGCUUUGCCAGAACCUGAGAAAAAGAUGUCCUAGGGGUGAAGACAUUCUCACCAUCCUAACCAAGGUGAACUUCGAAGUAAGCAAUAAGGAUGACAAGAGAAAUAUGGGCAAACAGAUGCCACAACCUACUUUCACACUGCGAAAAAAACUCUUCUUUCCUCUUAAUUGAUGCUGUUGUCUAGUUGUAUAACUAGACAAUAGUUAUGCAACUGAAAAAGUGAAAACGCUGCUGCUACUUUAUUCUAUUUCUUCUUCUUUUUAUUUUCAAAUAGCUGGGACAGCAUGGGAGUCAGGACAAUAUAAUUUUUAUGCUAAUUCAAGCCUAAAUUUCUGGCUUGUAGACAGUAACUAGACAGUCAUAGCUGUGGGCUUGAUUUCCAUUGUGUUUUUAAUUUGAUGAAAAGGUUUAAAAAUGAACUAAAAUAGAUACAAAAAACACAGUAUGUUUAAAAGAAAUGUCAAAGAUCAUGGAGGGAGACUUUUGCGAUCUGACCUACUAAAAAUCCCCCUCGACUAUUGAGGUUCAAGGUAUAAAGUUCCCACAUCCAGUCUGAUUACUGCUGGUGAGUUUGAUAAGCUAUCCUGGAAACAUGUGACCCUCCUCUCCUUAGCCAUGAGCAGACCUUACUUUUCAGCAGUGAAAACCACUACUCUUUAGACUUCAGUUUCAAAAGCUUAGAGAUUAUUCUCUUUUUUAAAAAAAAGUAUUCAUAAAUGCAACAUCCAACCUACUUUUAAGAGAAACAAUAUUAACUUGUUUUGUACUUCCAGUAGGUCUUUUCCCAAGCUAUCUUUUAUACUAAUUUGCAAGAUUCUUUUAAAUAAAAAAUUUAAAAAUUCGUAUAUUAAAGAUUUUUAAAAUACCAAAUAAUUUUGUUUUUUUUAAAAUCUUUCCAAACUCCCUUUUAUAUACAUGCUUUUCAGCUUUUAUAUACAUGCUUCUGUAGUGCUGAACAUGAUUUGCUUUUAUGCUAUCAAUGCAGUAUGCCUUUUACAUGUUUGCUCUUUCUUUAUAUGUUCAAAUCAGUUUAAAUCUUUAGUAAUUAAUAAUUAGUAAUGUAAUAAAUAUUUUUAGCAGAAUAAAAUGUAAGUUUAUCAUACUA